CAUUCUUUCUCCUUUCUCAAUGAUUUAUCCGCUUAUAAAUACUCAUUCGUUCCCACAUGUAUCCUCACAAACCAUUUAAUUAGCCUCUCCACAUCUACAAAGGUCACAAGUCACAAAUACAAAGGAAACCAUGAAGAACAUACUCUUAUGCAUAGUUACUAUCAUAACCCUCUCGUUCCUUACAACCAAUGCUCAAGGAAGAAAGGUAUCACAGUCAUAUGAAACGUACGAGUACACAGCCAUCACUUGCAGAUCCCAUAGCGCCUCCAUAACAGACUUCGGUGGCGUCGGAGACGGCAAAACCUUGAACACAAAGGCCUUCCAGAGCGCCGUAGAUCAUCUCAGCCAAUACUCAUCCGACGGUGGAGCUCAGCUCUUUGUCCCCGCCGGAAAAUGGCUCACGGGAAGCUUCAGCCUCACAAGCCAUUUCACUUUGUUUCUUCACAAAGACGCUACGCUUCUCGCUGCUCAAGACUUAGAAGAAUACCCAGUUUUAAAAGCUUUGCCUUCUUACGGAAGAGGACGUGACGCCGCCGGUGGAAGAUUCGCCAGUCUUGUCUUCGGAACUAAUCUCUCCGACGUAAUCAUAACUGGAAACAAUGGUACAAUCGACGGUCAAGGAUCGUUUUGGUGGCAAAAAUUCCAUGGUGGUAAACUCAAGUAUACUCGGCCGUACCUGAUCGAGUUAAUGUUCUCCGACACUAUCCAGAUAUCGAACAUAACGCUCAUUGAUUCUCCGUCGUGGAAUAUACACCCGGUGUACAGUAGCAACAUCCUCGUGAAAGGAGUGACGAUCAUCGCCCCGGUGAAAUCGCCGAACACCGACGGAAUCAACCCAGAUUCGUGCACCAACACCAGAAUCGAAGACUGCUACAUAAUCUCCGGCGACGACUGCGUCGCCGUGAAAAGCGGAUGGGACGAGUACGGAAUCGCCUUCGGCAUGCCGACGAAGCACCUCAUAAUCCGCCGCCUCACCUGCGUCUCCCCGUACAGCGCCGCGAUCGCGCUGGGGAGCGAGAUGUCCGGCGGAAUCGAAGACGUCCGGGCGGAGGACAUCACCGCGUACCAGACCGAGUCCGGCGUGCGGAUCAAAACCGCCGUGGGGAGAGGAGCGUUCGUGAGGAACGUGUACGUGAGAGGGAUGAGCCUCCACACGAUGAAGUGGGUGUUCUGGAUGACCGGGAACUACAAGGCCCACGCAGAUAGCCACUACGACCCUCACGCUCUACCGGAGAUAACCGGGAUUAAUUAUAGAGACAUUGUGGCUGAGAAUGUUUCGAUGGCUGGGAGGCUUGAAGGGAUCUCGGGAGAUCCGUUUACCGGGAUUUGUAUUUCGAAUGCUACGAUCUCUAUGGCGGUUAAGCAUAAGAAGGCGAUUUGGAUGUGUAGUGACGUGGAGGGUGUUACUAGUGGUGUUGAUCCUAAGCCGUGCGAUUUGCUUGAUGGAAAGCAGUCGGAGAAGAUGGACGGUGGGUGUGAGUUUCCCAGUGAUGUGUUGGAGAUUGAUAAUGUCGAGCUUAAGAGUUGUAGCUAUCAGAAUGUUACCUAAUUUAAGAGUAUGAUGAAACCAAUCUAUGAGAAGAAGUUUAUGUGUGUGUAAUAUCUAUAGUAUAUGAAGAUGAAAUCAAUCUGAGUUUUGAAGAUAGAAA